CACAGCGAAAUUGUCUAAAUAAAUAAAUAAUUUAAAUUAUUUUUCGGCCGCAGCGGGACUUUUAUUUUGAAAUCAAACAUGGCUUCCUGCUGAAUGAAAGCAUGCUGUCUGCCGUCAUUGAGCUGAGCUGUUUAUGGUCUUCUCCAGGUUUAUUCGUCCGAUCAGCGCACUGUUGAAUAUCUCCUCGCACACACGCAGAAAGCCCUUUAAGAGUGUCAGCAUGUGUAAAGAGCUGAAGACGAGAGUCCUGCGGAUUUCAGCUCAAAACUCACAGGAGUGGACGGAGGUCCUGAGCGCCACAGUGACGGCUCUGAAGGCCGGGCAGGUCGUGGCUGUUCCCACUGACACCAUCUACGGUCUGGCCUGUGUGGCUCAGAACUCCUCGGCCGUCCACAGAGUUUAUGACAUCAAGGGCAGGAAUGGAGACAAACCGCUAGCCAUCUGUGUCGGAGAAAUACAGGACAUAUACAGGUUCUGUAAGGUGUCUGUGAAGGAGGAGCUGCUCUCAGAUCUGCUGCCUGGACCCGUUACACUAGUUCUGGAAAGAUCCGCCACACUGAACGCUGAUCUCAAUCCUUUCACUAAGCUCAUAGGGGUCCGUAUCCCAGACCACCCGUUCAUGAGACGCCUCUGUCAGAUGUGCGGCGAGCCGCUCGCUCUCACCAGCGCUAACGUCAGCGCUCAAACCAGCACGGUUGCUGUUAAUGAGUUUGAGGAUUUGUGGCCCAGUCUGGCCGUUGUGGUGGACGGUGGCCCGAUUGGAGAUAAAAGCCGCUUGGGUUCGACAGUUGUGGAUCUGUCCGUGUGUGGCAGAUACCGUAUAAUUAGACCUGGAUGCGCUCUCUCUGCUACAGUGAAAGUACUCGAGGGCAAGUAUGGACUGCUGGAGGAUCCUGUCAAUCAAUGAGCUUCCAGUGCAACACACCCGCUGUAGGUCAAAGCCAGUACAGAGACCAACAGACGAGACGCUGCCCAUAAAGGGAAGGGCUUCUCAGUAGUGGGCCUUGAUUUGUUCUGCUUUUCUCUUUAGAGAGUUUUGGGUUUGGAGCUUCUGAUAUGAAUGUGCCUUUUGAAAUCAUCCUCUCAGGCUUUUGUAUCCACAGACACAUACUUCUCAUGUUUGGUUCAUUAAGAGUGUGUUGGGUCAUUUUAUACAGUGGAGUUUUUCUCCAGUUGACCGUGACCUCACACCUGUUGGGAUUACACUCUGUCGGGAAUAUUAGAAUGAAUACUGUAAAAUAUGAUUGAGUUGAUUGCUGUUAAAGUACAGUAAUAGUUUAGUUCUUUUUAGUUUAUUGGAUUUUAUUUAUUGCAGUUUUAAACUCAAAUGAUUGUGCCCGGUUGCGAGGCGUCAGUUGCUCUCUGGCAGAGCGUCAGUUGUGUAUUAUAAAAAUGAAUACAACAUGAAUCUAGCAUGAAGAACUUUUAUUUAUUAUUGUACUGUUUUGCAUUGUGGACCAAAGCAAAGUCAAUCAUUGCCAUAUUUUGCAAUAGUCCCACACAUUUGGUGUUUGAAAUUAAAACAUUGUUCCAUUUUAUUUCAUACAGUUAAUUUUUGUAAUGCCUAUAAAUUCAUGGACAUUUUAGUUCCCUAAAUAUCUUGCCUGUUGUAAACGGGGUUAAGCCGUGUUCCUCUUGAGGCCUGUUGGCAUGGAUCAGUCUUCUAGGGAUCAUGGGUGUUUGUUUGUGUUAUCUGUGUGUGCAUUUAAGGGAAGUGGUGCAAAACUCACUAUUAUGUGAGAAAUAAAUUGCUUUGCUAUAGACGUAUAAAAACCAUGUCUGUUCUCAUACUUGCAUGAAAAUUUCAGCAUCCUUGGCCAGAUCAGAAACUUUGUGAGCAUGACUGGCGUUAGAUUAGUGAUAUUUCAGAACUCUUUAGCAACUUUUUUGUUCUUUUCCCCAAGAAAUGACCUGCAACUUUUUUUGCCUGCUUGUCAACUUGCCUCUCACUCACUCUGCCAUACUCUAUUAAUGCAUUUCUAUAACAGAAUUGGUAACAAACUUUCUCUUGUGAAGCUGCAUCUAGUAGAUGUUUUGGAGUCCAAAACGAAUGCCAUAUUGAGCAAAAAUACAGACUGAAUCUUCUACACUACUCAGUGAACCCAGAUGUUCUAGUUAAAAAAUAUUUUUGUCACGUUGCUCUAAUUUCCCAUGUAAAUUGUUUGUAUAAACUGAUUAUUUUUAAAAGAUUUUUGGUGCAAUAAACAAUCCUCAGUUUG